AUGGAGGGACAGCAAGAGAAGCGUUGGUCCGCCCUGCGCGUGCGCCAGGCCUUCCUUGACUAUUUUGCUCAGAAGGAUCACACAAUCGUACCCUCCUCCUCCGUCGUCCCUCACAAUGACCCGACUCUCCUCUUUACCAAUGCUGGCAUGAACCAGUUCAAGCCGGUCUUCCUCGGUACCGUCGCUCAGUCCGACCCCAUGUAUAAGCUCAAGCGCGCCGUCGACAGCCAAAAGUGCAUUCGCGCCGGUGGCAAGCACAACGAUCUUGACGAUGUCGGCAAAGACAGCUACCACCACACAUUCUUUGAAAUGUUGGGCUCGUGGUCAUUCGGAAACUACUUCAAAAAAGAGGCCAUCGAAUGGGCUUGGGAACUCCUUACCAAGGUCUACGGCCUGAACCCCGACAACCUCUACGUGACUUACUUUGAGGGCGACGCUUCGCUGGGCCUGGAGCCCGAUCUUGAAGCUAAGGAGAUCUGGAAGACCGUUGGUGUCCCCGAACGCGCCAUCCUAACGGGAGAUAUGAAGGACAACUUUUGGACCAUGGGAGACACUGGUCCCUGCGGGCCCUGUUCCGAAAUUCACCUUGACCUUAUCGGCGGCCGUGAUGCUGCCCACCUUGUCAACCAGGACGACCCGACAGUUGUUGAGAUCUGGAAUCUCGUCUUCAUGACCCUGAGCAGAAACGCCGACGGGACCUUGCUCCCUCUGCCUGCCAAGCACAUCGAUACUGGCAUGGGGUUUGAGCGUGUCGUUGCCGCCCUUCAAGGUGCCAGGUCCAACUACGCCACCGAUGUCUUCGCUCCUCUCUUCAAACAGAUUCAGGAGGUCACCCACGCCCGACCCUAUACCGAUAAAUACGGCGAUGACGAUGUGGACGGCGUGGAUACGGCAUACCGUGUGGUUGCCGAUCAUAUCCGCUUAUUGACCUUCUCCAUCACCGACGGCGCCGUCCCGAACAAUGAAGGCCGAGGCUAUGUCGUGCGCAGAGUGCUCAGGAGAGGUGUCCGCUACGCCCGAAAGUAUUUUAAUGCCGAGAUCGGCUCGUUCUUCUCUAAGCUUCUUCCCGCUCUCGUCGACCAGAUGGGAAGCCAGUUCCCGGAGAUUAUUGGGAAACAGCAGGACAUCAAGGAGAUCCUGGACGAAGAAGAGGAGGCUUUCGCUCGGACCCUGGACCGAGGUGAGGCCCAGUUCGAGAAGUUCGCUGCCGCUGCGAUUCGGAACGACGAAAAGAAACUUGCAGGUGAUCUCGUCUGGCGCCUGUAUGACACUUUCGGGUUCCCUGUCGAUCUCACGAAGCUCAUGUGUGAGGAACGCAAGCUGGACAUCGAUGACGAUGAGGUCAAGGCCGCGCAAGAAGCUGCCAGGGAGGCUAGCAAGAGCGUAAAAUCCGCCGUGCAGACGUUCCCCAAGCUGGGAGUUCACGAAAUCGCCGAGCUCGAGCAACAGAUGGAGAUCCCGAGGACCAACGACGAGGCCAAGUUCGUCCGCGGCGACUCCAAGGGCAAGGUGCAGCUCAUCUACGACGGCAAGAGCUUCAUCGAGUCGACCAAGGACCUCCCCCCGAACACACCUGUCUCCCUCCUUCUCGAUGCCACCAACUUCUAUGCCGAGAGCGGAGGCCAGGUCGCCGAUACCGGACGACUCGUCAUCGACGGAGCCGCCGAAUUCAAAGUCCUGGAUGUCCAGUCAUACUCCGGAUAUGUCUUGCACAGUGGCUACAUGGCACAAGGCUCUCUAUCCGCCGGGGACGAGGUCAUUUGCGAGUACGAUGAGCUCUCUCGACGUGCCAUUCGGAACAACCAUACCGGCACCCACAUCCUGAACCACUCACUCCGCGAGGUUCUGGGCGAGGACGUGAACCAGAAAGGUUCUCUCGUGGAUGAGACCAAGCUACGCUUCGACCUUAGUCACCGCCAGGCCAUCACGUUGGCAGAACUUAAGGAAAUCGAGGACCGUUCAAGAGGGUACAUCAAGCAAAACGGCAAGGUGUACGCCAAGGAUGUGGAGCUAGAUCGUGCGAGGGAAAUCUUUGGCGUUCGCGCCGUGUUUGGGGAAACGUAUCCUAAUCCCGUUCGCGUGGUAUCCGUUGGCGUCGACGUCGACACACUUCUGGCGAACCCCGAGAACCCAGAGUGGCGGAAGUAUAGCGUCGAGUUUUGCGGCGGCACUCACGUCGAGCAGACAGGUCUCAUCAAAGACCUUGUCAUCGUCGAAGAGAGCGGCAUUGCCAAGGGUAUCCGCCGCAUCGUCGCCUUCACGGGUGACGCUGCGCACCAGGUUCAGCGCGAAGCUGAGGAAUUCUCCAACCGGCUCAAGAUCAUCGAGGGCCUCCCGUACGGACCCGAGAAGGAGAAGGAGGUGAAGGACGCCCAGCAGGCACUCAACCAGGCUACUCUCGCAACGCUGGCCAAGGACGAGCUCAGGAAGCGACUCGACAAGCUCACUAAGGGCAUUGUGGACGAGCAGAAGAAGCGUCAGAAGGCCGAGUCUAAGACGGCGCUCGAUGCUGUCCAGAAGUACUUCACCGAGAACCCCGAUGCUAAGUACUGGGUUGGUCAGUUGCCCAUCUCGGCUAAUGCGAAAGCGCUGGCCGAUGUCAUCAAACACUACUCGUCCAAGGACAAGAGUCGAUCUGUGUAUAUCUUUGGUGGUGGCAAGGACUACGAAGCUGUUGCUCACGGUGUCUACGUUGGAACGGAUCUCGCUUCUCAGGGCAUUACGGCUGAGAGCUGGGCUACGACCGUGAGCGGGGUUAUCGGAGGCAAGUCGGGAGGCAAAGAGCCGACACGCCAGGGGCAGGGGACUAAGCCGGAAAACACCGAAGACGGUGUGGAAACGGCUCGGAAAUGGAUCGAGGAGAAGUUGAAGCUCUAA